AUGAAGCCUCUGCCCAGCUCAAUCUUCUUGUGUGCGCGUGUGGAUGAAAGAGAUCAGAUCCAUGAGGGCGCUGCUGGACCGGUGCCUGUGAGCCUGUCGUCCAAGAAGGGUGGCCGGGGCCGGGAGCCGCCGCCGGAGGGCUGCCUGGCGGUGUACGUGGGCGCGGCGAGGGAGCGGUUCGUGGUCCGGGCCGAGUGCGUCAACCACCGCCUGUUCCGGGCGCUGCUGGAGGAGGCCGAGGAGGCGCGCGGGCCCUACUGCUACGCGCCGGACGGCCCGCUCGAGCUGCCCUGCGACGCCGCCGCGUUCGCGCGCGCCGUGGCGAGCGGGAGAUGGUCGAGGAGAGGACGGCCGUCGGGUGCGGCGGCGCGAGGGCAGGGCACGCGACGGCGCGUCGGACGGUGGCGGCGGCGGUGAUCGGCGCCGGCGGCAGGCAGGUGACCGUGGGUUGACUCAGAGUGACCGGGUGUGCUCUCGUCGUCAGGAUUCCCUGAUGCGAUGUUCAGAGUGUUCGAUGUACUGAUGAUAGUUAGUGUGCAUAUGAUCAGAGCAGCUGUCCGUCUUGUAGGAAGUUGUUUUGAUUUGUGAAUCUUGCGACACAAAGGAAAAGUUUGGACCGUUGCUUUAA